AUGUGUGAAUAUCCACCACAUUCAGGGAACUUCUUUCCUGUAAAGAAAUUCGACUACUUCUCUUUUUUUAUCAAUGACUGUUAUUUGAUGUCAACAUUCUCUUUCUUUGACAAAAGUCGCCAUUUAUCUCUCUCUCUCUCUCUCUCUCUCUCUCUCUCUCUCAGUCUGUUCAUAUUUAUUUCUCUCUCAAUCAGUUCAUAUCUCUCACUCUCUCUCUCUUUCUCUCAGUCUGUUCAUAUGUAUCUGUUUUCAGUCUGUUCAUAUCAUUCUAUCUUAAUCUGUUCAUAUCCAUCUCUCUCUCUCUCUGUUCAUAUCUCUCUCUCUCUCUCUUUCUCUCAGUCUGUUUAUAUCUAUCUGUUUUUAGUCUGUUCAUAUCAUUCUAUCUUAAUCUGUUCAUAUCCAUCUCUCUCUCUGUUCAUAUCUAUCUCUCUCUCUCUGUUCAUAUCUCUCUCUCUCUCUCUCUUUCUCUCAGUCUGUUCAUAUCUAUCUGUUUUUAGUCUGUUCAUAUUCUAUCUUAAUCUAUUCAUAUCCAUCUCUCUCUCUCUCUCUCUCUCUGUUCAUAUCUAUCUCUCUCUCUCUGUUCAUAUGUAUCUCUCUCUCUGUUCAUCUCUCUCUCUCUCUGUUCCUAUCUAUCUAUCUAUCUAUCUAUCUAUCUAUCUCUCUGUUCAUAUCUAUCUCUCUCUCUCUCUCUCUGUGUUCAUAUCAUCUCUCUCUCUGUUCAUAUCUCUCUCUCUCUCUGUUCAUAUCUAUCUAUCUAUCUCUUUCUCUCUGUUCAUACUAUCUAUCUCGCUCUCUGUUCAUAUCUCUCUCUAUUCAUAUCUCUCACUCUCUCUCUCUCUCUGUUCAUAUCUAUCUCUAUCUCUCUGUUCAUAUCUCUCUCUCUCUCUCUCUCUCUCUCUGUUCAUAUCUCUCUCUCUCUCUCUCUCUCUCUCUCUGUUCAUAUCUAUCUCUUUCUCAGUCUGUCUUGAAAAAGUCUGGAUAGAUGAGAAUCUCACAAAAGACUGGUUUCUGAAUGUUUGGUGUAAACACAAAAAAUAA